AUGGCGGCCGCUGACAAUGUACCGCCUCCCCAACACCGACUUUCCGAUCCGUCUAUACCUGCCUCCGAUCUGAUUCUUCGCGAGACGCAAUGCCUUUACUCCUUCAUACUCCUCGUCGCGUUUUUAUCAUGUAUUGCAUGGUACAGUGUGUGUAAUGCCAAGAAGCAGGAAAGCAUCGUGCAAUCGAUUGUAAAAGGCCCAGGCGGAAAGCCCUUGCCCGUCACGAAGAAGACCAAAGACGAUGGCGAGAGGAAGCUUGGUCCGCAGUUUAGCCCAGCUACCAAAACUUUCUUUCGCUAUCUGGCUGCAGUCAUUUUCAUCUCCUAUGUGGCGACUAGCACCUUCAUCUUCAACCAUGCGUUCUAUCAUGACAACGCUUACAAGUGGUCUAAGGACGGUCUCUCCUGGGCUGGUGAGUGGACUGUAGUCCACGUUAUCGGCUCUACCUUUUUCUACCUCUAUAUCAUUUUCUCUCUUUUCGACUGGAAAGAGGGUCCGAGCGUCGCCCACCUCUUCAUCUGGGUUUUGGGCCUAGUUGGCGAGGUCAUUUUCUUCUCAACAACUUUUACGACUGCCGCCGCAUGCCGCCUUACCAACUCCAGAUCGCAAACGGGGGACAAUGACUGCUUCGAUCGCUGGAUCAAACUCGACCUGGUUCUCUACUUUGUCCGCAUCCUCCAUCUGAUAGCCCUGAUUGGGGUUUUCAGCUUUGCUUGGUUCGGUAAAGUACGGGCAAAGCGCCCUGAGAAGCUUGAAGACGGCUUCGCCCAUGAGCACACCCCGCUUCUGAGUGGCCAUCAGAGGUCAUAUGACUCUCAGAGUGGCGAUGUCAAUACAGCAGGACCGAACGGACGCGAGUCAUACUGUCGACGGCCUCGAAGCCGGACCAUGUCCAACGCAGCCAAUUACUCAGCGCCCAGUUCACGCAAAGACGAACACACCGCGUUUUAUCGACCUCAAAAGCUUCCCCACAAGACUUGGUGGGAGUAUGUCCGCGGCUAUUCCCUGUUUUUUCCCUACUUGUGGCCCAAGGAUUCCGUCAUGCUACAGCUGCAGGUCCUUGUAUGCUUCAUUCUCGUUAUUAUUCAGCGCAUUGUCAACAUUAUUGUCCCGAACCAGAUCGGUGAAGUCGUCAAGCAGCUCAAUCAUGCUAUCAAGGAAGUACAGGAUGGACAACCUUUGACUAUGGAGCUCUUCCCUCUUCGCGCCUCUCUGUUUCUUGGGCUUCUCUGGAUUCUCCAGGGCAUGCUCGGGCCACUUCGAUCCUUGCUCUGGAUACCCAUCUCCCAGUACUCUUAUCGUGGCUUAACAACAGCUGCUUUCAACCAUGUGCAUUCUCUCAGCCUGGACUUCCAUCUUUCGAAGCGCACUGGCGAAGUCCUGUCCGCACUCAACAAGGGCUCUUCCAUCAACUCUUUCCUCGAGCAGGUCACUUUCCAAGUCAUACCAAUGCUCUUUGAUCUGAUUUUGUCUAUUAGUGUCUUCUACUACAAAUUCGGACCGCUCUACGCUCAAAUCAACCUUGUAGAUUCCUGCUGGUACCUCUACAUGACAAUCAAGAUGGCAUCGAUACAGCAGUGCUCUCGCAGGGCUUCCGGGAUCAAACCACAAAGUGUCAGGUUCGAGUUUGGUAGGAUGCGGCAAUUCUGGGAAGACAUGAACCGAACGCCACCCGCUUCUUUGAAUUCGAUGCCCGUCAACCUCAGCGCAAGGCUGCUGACAUAUUGUGGCUGCACUUUCACGUGA